AUGAGCAUGGACUACGUCCUCGACUCGGGCCUGCUCCCCCACGCCGUGAUCCGCAUCGGGAUCCGGCGACAGCUGGCCCAGCGGCUGCAGGAGAUCCAGUCAGCCAGCCUGGCGGCGGCCAUGGACCGCAAGAUGAGCUUCAUCGAGGCACUGCGCACACGGCCCAUUGCCAUCGAGACCGCGACGGCUAACAAGCAGCACUACGAGGUUGGCACCGGGGUUUUGGUCGCUUGUCUGGGCCCCCGUAUGAAGUAUAGCUCUUGCUUGUAUCCCAAGGGCGGAGAGACGCUGGCCCAGGCUGAGGUGGCUAUGUUGAGGACUUAUGUUGAAAAGGCCGGGUUGGAGGAUGGGAUGAGUGUGCUGGAUCUUGGGUGUGGUUGGGGUUCCGGAGCAUUGUUCUUCGCCGAGGUCCUUCCCAAAUCGAAGAUCACUGCCUUCUCCAAUUCGAAGACGCAGAAGGAGUACAUUGACGGCAAGGCCAAGGAGAAGGGCCUGACCAAUCUGACAGUUAUUACUGGGAAUGUGGUCGACUACGAGUUCGAGAAGGAAAAUUUUGACAGAGUUGUCUCCAUUGAGUUGUUUGAACAUAUGAAAAACUAUGAGCUGCUGAUGGCCAAGGUGGCCAGGGCUCUGAAGCCGGGCGGCAAGCUGUUCGUUCAUAUCUUCGCCCACAAGACCACUCCCUACGACUAUGAGGAGGGUUGGAUGACGACACAUUUCUUCACGGGUGGCACGAUGCCCUCGGCUGAUUUGCUCUUGUACUUUCAGAGAGACCUCAAGAUCGAGAAGCAGUGGUGGGUCAACGGCAACCACUAUUCGAAGACUUGCGAGCACUGGCUAUCCAGCAUGCUGGCCAACAAGAAGCAGAUCUGGCCGCAUUUGGUCGAGACGUAUGGCGAAGCGGACGCGGGUACUUGGUACAACAGGUGGCAAGUCUUUUACAUGGCAUGCUCGGAACUGUUUGCAUAUGAAGGCGGGGAUACUUGGGGGGUUUCCCACUAUCUCUUCGAGAAGCCGACACCAUAA